UUUGAAAAAUGCACUUCCAGUUCUUGCACAUGCACACUGGGCAUUCUGGCACACGGGCAGUGUGUUUAGAGGUGUCGCUUAGCAACGAUCAUUCUGGGAUGAAAGAUUCCAAACCGUUGAGCUUCCCAGCUGGGAGGUUGCGGCGGGACGGCUCUGGCUUACCUGUAGAGCUUGUGUUGGGUUUAGGGGACUGUGAAGAGCUGAGGGGGAGGUGAGGUGUGUUUGGAGCCCAUAGGCUCUGCGAUGAAGAAGAUUUUUGGCUACAGGAGUGAGAAGGGCAAGUCGCCCUUAGACUCCUCCAUCGGCCUGGGGAGAAACAGAGGUCAUCGUAGAACCAGCUUCCAGCCCGGGUACCACAUCCGAGACAGGGACCUCAAAAAGAUCCACAAAGCUGCCAGCGUAGGCAAUGUAGCCAAAGUGAAGCAGAUUCUGUGGCUCGGAAAGAAUGGCCUGAACGACAGGGACAAGAAGAACAGGACUGCGCUCCACUUGGCCUGUGCCAAUGGCCAUUCAGAGGUGGUAGCUCUCCUCCUGGAGAGAAAAUGCCAGCUUAACCUCUGUGACAGUGAAUACAAGACCGCGCUGAUGAAGGCCAUAGAAUGUCAAGAAGAGGAGUGUGCGACUCUUCUGCUGGAGCAUGGUGCCGACCCAAAUGUCACGGAUGUCGAUGGCAACACUGCUCUCCACUAUGCUGUCUUUUGCCAGAAUGUAUCGCUCGCAGCAAAGCUGCUUUCCUAUAAUGCCAAUAUAGAAGCCAGGAACGAGGAUGACCUUACACCACUCUUACUUGGCAUAAGUGAAAGGAAACAGCAAAUGGUGGAAUUUUUAGUAAAAAAAGAAGCAGAUAUACAUGCGGUUGAUAAUAUGAAAAGAACCGCCCUCAUACUUGCUGUCAAUUAUGAAUGUGCCAAUGUAGUCAGUCUUCUCCUUCAGCGAGGUGCUGACGUCUCUUCUCAAGAUGUCUUGGGACUGACUGCAGAAGAAUAUGCUGCUAUUAGUGGUUUUAAUAUCAUUUGCGAACUGAUCUCUGAAUAUAAAGAAAAGAGGCCUAAAACUACUCCCGAAAACAGCAACCCAGCGGCUAAGAGUUCUGAAGAAGACUCUUUAAGCAGGUUUUCCAACAAACCUGGUGUGGAUUCACGGCCUACAUCAGAUGAUGACGUCUUAGGUUCUGAAAUCAAGAAGGAACCAAAACCAAAGUUAGCAAAGCUAAUGAAGGCUUUUCAGCAAUCCAAGAGAAACCAAGCAGAAUGUGGCAUUGUGAGACGAGAGAGUGCCACCCUCUCUGAGAACAAUAAUUCUGAUAGUGAAAUUGAAGAUGUGGUUGAAACCCUUCCCAAACCAUCACCUGGAGUCCAGGGCUUCUCUCAUCCUGCCUUCCCAAGGCCUGAUCCUCUUCCAAAAUCACUCAAGACUCUAGCAGGCCUUGGUCUUGCAAAGGUAAGUUGUUUUGUUUUUAACUCUUUUUUCCCCUGUACUUUUUUACACACCAUUCCCUUGAUCCUAUGA